GAGUCCUAAUAUAAAAUGAAGAAAAGAGCGUGAAUUUAACCUUUUAAGUUAAAAAAAUCCGAUCAUAUUGGCGGGAAUUAAAGUUCCGACAAAAUAGGAAACCAUACAAUAUCUAAUUAUUAUAAGUUUACAAAAAUGGUUAAACCCUUAAAUAAGUUUUAUGUCUUAAAGAGAGGAGGCCGAAAAGAAGAAGUUCAUAUUGAUAAAAUUACGUCUCGUAUACAAAAAUUAUGCUAUGGGUUAAAUGUGGAUUACGUUGACCCUGUUUCAAUCACUCUUAAAGUGGUAAAUGCGUUAUAUCCUGGAGUAACCACUGCGGAACUAGAUGCCUUAGCAGCGGAAACAGCAGCCGCUCUUAGUGGCGACCAUCCUGAUUAUGCAACUUUAGCAGCUCGUAUAGCUAUAUCUAAUCUACAGAAAGAAACUAAGAAACAAUUUAGUGACGUAAUCGAAGAUCUGUAUAAUGCAUAUGAUGAAAAAACUAAUGAAAAAACUCCGUUAAUAUCAUCAGAAUGUUAUGAAAUAAUAAAACAAAAUGCAGAACGUCUUAAUUCAUGUAUAAUUUAUGAUAGAGAUUUUUCUUAUGAUUACUUCGCUUUUAAGGAACUAGAAAAGUGCUAUUUGCUUCGAAUUAAGGGCAAAGUUGUCGAAAGACCUCAACAUAUGUUAAUGAGAGUAGCAGUGGGUAUUAACAGAAAUAACAUAGAAGAUGCGAUUACCACUUACAAUUUACUUUCCGAACGGUUUUACAUACAUUCAACAAAUACUCUACUUUCAGCAGCUAGUACUACACCCCAACUCUGUUCUAGUAGCGCUAUGAUGAUGCCGGAUGAUAGUAUAGAAGGAAUAUUCAGUUGUAUACGUCUCUGUAGUAUACUAUCCAAAUAUGCGGGUACGAUAGGGCUAAAUAUACAGAACAUCAGGGCUAAAGGUACUUAUAUAGCCGGCACAAACGGUGUAUCUAAUGGAUUAGUACCGUUGUUAAGGGUAUUUGAUAGUGCUGCUUGUUAUAUUGAUCAACGUAAUACCAAAAAAGCAUCAGAUAUCGUCGUCUACAUAGAACCGUGGCAUUCUGAUAUACUAGAAUUUUUAAAUUUGAGCAAACCCAAUGGAAAAGAAGAAGUACGAACUAGAGAUAUAUCUUAUGCACUUUGGGUACCGGAUUUAUUUAUGAAGAGGGUGGAAUCGAAUGGGAAAUGGUCUUUGAUGUGUCCACACAAAUCUCCAGGGUUAGUGGAUUGUUAUGGAGAAGAAUUUGAAAAACUUUAUGAAAAAUACGAGUCUGAAGGUAGAUAUAUUAAGCAAAUUUCAGCGCAGGACUUGUGGAGAGCUAUUAUUGUAUUACAAGCAGAAACUGGAGGUCCUUUAAUUAUGUAUAAAGAUAUCUGCAAUAAGAAGAGUAAUCAGAAUCAUAUAGGAACUCUUAGGGGUGGAAGUUUUAGUGGAGAAGUAGUAGCUUUUACAUCACCAGAUGAGAUUGUAGCGUGUCCUCAAGCAUCUAUAGCUUUGAACAUGUUUGUAAAUACCGAUAGAAAAACGUUCGAUUUCGAAAAAUUGAAAGACGUUUCUAAAGUACUUACCAAAAAUUUAGACAAAAUAAUCGAUGCAAAUUUCUAUCCUGUAAAUGAGCAAAAAACUUCAUGUUUGAAACAUAGACCGAUAGGAGUUUCUGUCCAAGGAUUAGCGGAUACUUUUAUAUUAAUGCGGAUACCAUAUGACAGCGAGGAUGCCAGGAAUCUCAACAAGAAAAUAUUCGAAACUAUUUAUUAUGGAGCGUUAGAAGCAAGUUCUGAACUAGCUCAAUUAAAUGGGCCUUAUCCUACCUAUCAAGACAGUCCUGUAAGCAAAGGUAUUCUACAGUUCGAUAUGUGGGGUGUUACCCCAUCCGACUUAUGGGAUUGGUCGUCGUUAAAAGAAAAAAUUAACAAAACGGGAAUUCGUAAUUCGUUACUUACCGCCCAAAUGUCGUCACCUAUCCUUUCUAGAUUAUUUGGCAACAGCGAAUCAACAGAUCUGUACAGAUCUUACUUGUACACGAGACGAUUAUCGUCAGGAGAUUUUCAAGUCGUCAACCCUUAUCUGUUACGUGAUUUAACUGAAAGGGAUAUAUGGGACGACAAAAUGAAAGAAACCAUAAUAAAUAACGGUGGUUCCAUACAAAGUAUUUCGGAAAUCCCCGAAGAUUUAAAAUCGAUAUACAAAACCACCUGGGAAAUCUCACAGAAAAUCGUCAUAAAUAUGGCGGUAGAUCGAGGAGCUUUUAUCGACCAAAGCCAAAGUUUGAAUAUACACAUGACGAAUCCUAAUUACGGAAGCUUGAGCUCCAUGCAUUUCUACGGUUGGAAGAAUGGUCUUAAAACUGGAAUUAACAGAUUAAGAACGAAAUCCGCUCCGAAAAACCACUACAAAACCAUUCAACAAGAUAAAGAAGAUGUUAAGAAUAAAGAAAACGAUCUCGAAGAAAUUAAGUUGAAACAACGACAAGAAGAAGAAAAAAAUUUGGCCAGUUUGGUUUGUUCCUUACAGAAUCGCGAAGGUUGUGAAAUGUGCGGCGCUUGAAUUUAAUUUUACUAUAAAUUUUUUUUUUAAUACACACUGUUGUUAUUUCUCUAUUCAAAAUUC